AACAAACAAACAAACAAACAAACACGUAACUUUAUCUCCUUGAUAAAUUAUAAGCGGUGUCAAACUUUAAAAACGGAAACCUCCAGUAAUAAACCGCCUCACACUUCCGGUCAACACUAUAAAAACAAUACAGCGCGCAUCUUUUCGUAUAUACGGUAACUAUGGUAACCUUGUUAUUAGAGUCGCGUGCCGUUCGGAACGCUGUAAAUGUGCAGGUGUUGCGCCUCCACCGGUACGUGAUUGGUUACCUGGCAACCAGAGAUGACCGGAAGAGAUGAUCCUAAAGCAGAGCAGAACUCGGACAGAAGCAGCGCGGCUUUCUUCACUAAGGAAUAUCGCCAUUCUCCUCCAUUUCCUUGCUUUGUUGAAAGCCGUGUAGUUUUUCUCCAUGUCUGCAAGGCCAUGUGUUAACGCCCCCCUGGUGUUCCGGCUCCACGAGAACGCUCCAGACGUGGUGCGUGAGGUGCUGCUGGAGCGCGGCUGGGAGGAAUUCGACCCUCAGGAGCAGGAGGAAGGAGACUGGAACCUGUACUGGCGCAGCUCGGCUUUCCGCAGCUCAGACUAUGAGAAUAUCUUGCCCUGGCAGAGGCUGAAUCAUCACCCUAAAACAGCCACUCUCUCACGCAAAGACUGCCUGGCACGCAACCUGAGAAGAAUGAGAGGCGCGUACGGUCCCGCGCUUUAUGACUUCAGUCCCCUGGCUUUCAUCCUGCCGAACGAUUACACCAGGUUUCUGGAGGAGUACGCAAAAAACAAAGGAAAGUGUGUGUACUGGAUCUGUAAACCGGUGGAUCUCUCACGGGGGAGGGGCAUCUUUAUCUUCGAGGAUAUCAAACACUUGACUUAUGACUCGACAGUGAUCGUACAGAAAUAUAUAAGCGACCCGUUUCUGAUCUCGGGCUAUAAAUUUGACCUGCGCGUCUACGUGUGUGUGACGAGUUUCCGUCCCCUUACCAUCUACAUGCACCAGGAGGGCUUGGUGCGCUUCGCCACUGAGAAAUACGACCUAGCGUCUCUAGAUAACCUGUUCGCUCACCUCACAAACACAAGCAUCAACAAAUUCAGUUUAUUCUACACUAUGGCUAAAGAGCGCGUCGGUCAGGGGUGUAAGUGGACGAUGAGUAGAUUCCGCACCUUCCUUCAGAGCCAAGAGGUCAAUCAGGAUCAUCUCUGGCAAAAGAUCAGCAACAUAGUGACGCUGACUCUGCUCACCGUUGCUCCAUCCGUUCCUUCCUGUUCUAACUGCGUGGAGCUGUUCGGCCUCGACAUCCUCAUCGAUUCCAACUUCAGGCCUUGGCUUUUAGAGGUCAAUUACAGUCCGGCACUCUCUUUGGACUGUCCAGUUGAUAUAAAGGUCAAAAAAGGUCUGAUAAAUGAUCUCAUUGACUUGAUGGACUACAGGAAGGUUGACAGGCUGAGGCGAAAAUGCUGCUUGCACACCAUGUGUUUAGUGCCACAAGUACUUCUCAUAACGAAACCUGUGUAUGAAUAUAAACACCAUUCAAACCCUGAAAAGGCAUGUUUGGAUUUAUCUCCAAAUCAAAGAACCAAAGACUCCAAAAGAACGUUUGAAACGUCUCGUCAUUGGUCUCAAAUCAAAAUCGCUGAUUCAGACGACUGGGAACCGGUCUCACCUCCGAGCCUGGGGCAAUAUCCUAGACGUUCUUCGUCUAAGGCAUGCACACUACCUAAUAUUCACCCCCAUAAAUCCUCACAAAAGCACCCAGGCUUCUCACGGGACCAUAGAACGCAUGACAGGACUGUACCAUGUCAUCGUGUUGGGGAUUUCAUCCUGACGUUUCCUUUCAACGAGGUCACACGGAAAGCAUCACAGAACUCUCUCGACGUCAGGACGAUAGUGCACGAGGUGCACAAGCUCAUGAGUCAGAUAACGUCCUCGCACGUCCCCAGAGAGACGAGGAAGAGGAGAGACGCUGUUCUCAGCGACUACUGCUCAUCAAACUGAGCGUGUCCAAACUUUCCAAGAACAUAUUUGAUUCAAGAUUAUGACUAUAUGAUCUCUGCACGGAAACCGGAGCACUGUAAGGCUGAGAAUGUCCUUGAGAAAAGCUGAAUACUGAAUCAGUCAGAGGUUUGGGUCACACUCUCAUGAAUAAUAAGCCAUGUGCUGCAACGUGAGUCUCAUCAUGUUGUGACCAUGACGUGAAAUUUAUACAGUAUUUAUUCACUGAACAGAGGGCAGAACGCUGGGUUCGAGGUUCA